UGCGCAGAAUAUCUCUUUCCAUUCCCCCGGGCUAUUCUGGUGUAGGACAGGUUGACGUUUCACACAAAACUGGAAGAACCACUUUUUCUUCCCUUAAACCCAAGUCAGUAAAUGUGGGUGAGGUCCUUGGACACCAACCGAUACUUUUGUUUACACCAGUGAACUCAUUGACUGGCCACCUCAUCGGGAGAUCCAUAUGGACAUGAACUACAGAUCUACACUGUAUAGAACUUGGUGACUUCCCAGCCUUCACAGGAGCAUCUACCUGGCACGGGACUUGGCACAAUCAUUAACGCUAGAUGUUUGUUUAGAGCAAUCAGCUACUCUGAUCUACAGAGCUACAGUCUGUUGCCUGCUAUUAUAUACUGACUAUGCAGAGAAAGUGAAGGCGAAACAAAAAUAUCCUCAUUUGCCUCAUUCUGAGUUGACUGAUCUGUACUGUGCUGCGAUCCUAACCUGAAGAGCUGACACAUCCAAAAACAGAACUGCCGUAUCCUCACUGGAAGAAUACAAGAUAUUAUCUUCUGUCUAGGGAUCCCCCUCCUCUCUUCAUCCAGCCAUGGCUAUGGUCACAGGCCUCAUCCCCAUUCUCCGCACUGCAGUAGAAGCCACCACAGACUAUGCCGGGAGGACCAUGUGGUAUGGCUUUGCUGUGAUCCGACUUCUUGCCCUCUACGCGUCUGAGCGCCCUUGGGGUCGCCUGGAUCAGGACUUUGAUUGUCAGGGUAAUGGCACCAUAGAGUUCUGCCGGAAGGCUUGCUUCAAUGAACAUUUCAAUGUGCCGGUGGUGUCCCUGUGGAACACUUGCUAUGUUUUCUUUGUGGCCUCUGUUCUCCUGAUGGAGCUCUUCACCUCUCAACUUCGCCACAAUCUCCACAAGGCCGCUAUGAAGAAGAAGCCAUUGCCAGAAGAAAAAACCCUCACUGGGACUUGGGCUUCAGAACAUGCACAUAAGGAUCUGGUUCUGGAUUUCCACCAACAGAAGGUUCUGCUUGUUCUCUAUUUAGGCUGCAUCGUGUUGAGGCUGAUUGGGGAGCUGGCCUUUCUCUAUGCCUUGCUCUGGUGGCACUUGCCCAUGGUAUCCGGAGAACUUAUAGUCUGUUCUACAGAGCUGUGCCCUGGGCCCUAUAACUGCUUGGUGAGAUUCCCUGCAGAGAAGCGAAUGUCUCUUUACCUCCUGGCCUUCCUCUCUGUGUGUGUGGUCUUGGUGGGCAUAGUGUUUGGGUUCUACAGUGGGUGCCACUAUCUCCCCAAGAAGAAUGACAAGCAGGAGGUGUCCGUCUGACCUUACAGGACAUUAGCCCCGGGUAAUUGGAGGCAGGUUUAACCCACAGGGAACUAUUACAUAGAGGGGCCGCAUGUGAUACUGACACUCUCCAAACAGAUGCCAUUUUAUUUAUUUAAUUUUUCAUCUGAAAUAACAUAUGAUUAAAGGGACACUUACUUAUACUU